AUGACUAUUCCUACUUUCAUCUUCUUCUUGUUUGGUGCUUCACCUUUGAGCGAUAAUGGUACAACGAGAUUGCUAGAUAUGGGUUCUCUGCAAUUGGGAAAUACAGGUCUGCCAUUUCAGAACCAUCUAAGCAAAAGGAGGGUUAUGAUUGGAAUAGCAGAACUGGUCUAUUCAAUCCUCAUAUUGAACUUUUUCUUCCUUGAGGUUUAUGUGACAGGAUUUAUACCCUAUAUUGGGAAGGCACUCAGUUUCCUACUUCUUUCGUGGAUGUAUGCCUACUACUGCUUUGAGUACAAAUGGAACCUCUUGGGAGUAAGUUUGGACAAAAGACUGGACUUCUUUGAAUGCAACUGGGCAUUUUUUGCUGGUUUUGGAAAUCCUUGUGUUCUGGCCAUAUUCUUUUUCUCUCCUCUUGUGAGCUAUGGGAUUAUGGCUAUCCUCUUUCCGCUGCAACAGGCUCAGAUGCUGACAAAGAUAUUGCUUCUCAAAGAAGAAAAUGGAGGGGUGCGGGAUUAG